UCAAGUGUCAAACCACAGAGUACUUUAUGUUAUAUGUCAAACUAAAAGUUAUUAUUUUUUGUCAUUAAGUUGUAUUUUUCUGUAUAAAUUAACGUUAAAUCCAGUUGGUGAUAUAAAGAAAACUAAUACUUUACGUCCCAAUUAAAUACAGUGAUAUUUAAUAAUAUUGUAUUUUCCUUCAAGUGCAAAGUAUCUGUCGUCUGCCUAAAAUAUAACUGCGUAUACAUACCAAUUAUGUCCUCAAAUAUUCCCGAAUGCCCUCCAAGUCUUAAAUCUAUCCAGCAUUAUUUAAAAACUGCAACUGAACACGAUGCUAGAGAUCCUGUGGUUGCCUAUUGGUGUCGACUUCAUGCAUUACAAGUCGGGUUGAAAAUCACGACCAAGAAAACGCCCGAAGAAACCAAAGUGUUGAUGGCAAUUAUGGAUUGGUUAGAAGAAGCUAAAAAAGUCCACAAAGAUAAUGAAGCUAUAAGCAAUGAAGUAGCUGCUCAAGCACAUCUUGAAAAUUAUGCAUUAAAGUUGUUUUUGUAUGCUGACAAACAAGACCGAGAACAGAAUUUUGGAAAGAAUGUAGUUAAAGCAUUUUAUACUGCUGGAAUGAUUUAUGAUGUUCUUUGUACAUUUGGAGAACUUACUGAUGAAGCGGCCCAAAACAGAAAAUAUGCAAAGUGGAAAGCUGCUUAUAUUCAUAAUUGCCUAAAGAACGGCGAGACUCCUGUCCCAGGUCCCAUGCCAAUAGAAGGGGAAAACAAUGAGAAUUCGGCUACCGAUGAUCAGCCUGCAUCUGACAGCACUUCUCAAGAUAUGGGUUUCACUGCAGUACCUCCAGCAACACCUACUAUUCCCACUAGUUUUAGUAACACUCUUCCUGAUCCCAAUGCAGCAUUAAAGGCAGCGUCACAGUUACCACCGGUGCCAUACACCCCAGACCCAAAUCCUGGUGGAUUUGUACCUUACGAUCCUUCUCAGCAACCACUACCCAAUCCCACACCACUUUACGGUGAUAGUAUGACAGCUAUCGCUCAACUUACACCUGAUCAAAUAUCAAAAGCCCAAAAGUAUUGUAAGUGGGCAAGCAGUGCAUUGAAUUAUGACGACAUUAAAACUGCAAUUAAUAAUCUGAAAAACGCCUUAGAGCUAUUGCAAACUGGUCGUGAUCCUGCUUAAUAUUUAUUUUUGCUUUGUAUCUAAGAGGAAUUUUCCACAUCAGGCAAUUAAUUCAUCAUAAAAUAUAUCACAACUAAGUUUUUCUUCAUGCAACACCAGAGAAGUUAUAUUUUCUUGAAUAAAAUUAGCUCUGUAUUGCUUCUGGUCUCCAUAACUUUGAAAACACUUAAAGUUUUAUGAUAUUACCUUGCAGUAUGUAGCUUUGUGAAUAUAUAAUGCAAUUAUAGGUAUUCCUUUUUGACUACAAACACUUAAUAUGAAAGUAAAAUACACAAUGUUAUUUGUUGAUUUACUAAAAUGUAUAAGAUAAGUUUUUAUUUUUAUAUAAUGACAAUAAUGUUUAAUUUUUAUUAACAAUUUUAAUGUACAAAUU